GUCGACUUGUUGUAGGAUAAGGCUGCACUGGCACUGCAGAGCCUUUUGUAAGGAGAGGUGACAGAGUUCUCUUAAACUUGUAGAUUUUAACUGACAGAUUAUGAAGUUAACAACAUUUUAUUUUUGGAGGCUUGUUUUUGUCUUGCACGUCAAACUCUUCCUCUCAUUGUUUUGCUCUGUAAAACCUGAGGAUAUAGGCCGUGUGCUGUUUGGACGCAUUGUAAAAUGCAGAUUAUUUUGAACAUGAAUUAGAAAUGUGUGGAAACAGACCGGAGAUUGCUGCAGUUUGUGUUGAAGAAAAAAAAUGUCAGCCCUUCUUUUAAAUUAUGUCGGUGCGUCUUCGGAGUAGAAAAAAAUAACUUUCCAGAAAUGUGUGUAUCCAUACUCUCUUACAAAGCAUCCCACGAUUGACCUUCCAUAGAGUCUUAUUCCACAGAUUAUCUGGGUUUCACUGAAAAUCUGGCCCUGUUUUGGGAGGUGUGUGUGUGAGAGAGGGGGGGGUUUAGGAGUCGACCCGAGAUCUUUUCUGAAACAAAACACUUUAGUUUCACUCGUUUAAAAAAAAAUAAAAUAAAAAAAAAAAUCACCAGGGCAGACGAGCAGGCCAGGUGUCCAGAAAGAAGCUCGCAUGCAUUGGUUGUCAUUGUCGGCCACUUUCAUCGCUCCAGAUUCAUUAAUAACAACUGCUUGCUUAAAGGGGGGGUAAAAAAAAAAAAAAAGACGGUGCUCCACCAAAAAUGGUAAUCCAGGUUUUAAGCGAGAGGGGCCAACGCCUUGAAGGAGCUGGCGACCUGUCUGCUGACCCACGACCUGCUGAGGUGAAGGCUCGACCGGCGACAGGGCAGAGCCGGGCUCCCCUAGCCGGUCAUUCAAAUGAAACAAGGCCAUGUUGUUGUGUUAAUUAUUUACAUUCCACCUAAACUCUGCGCCCUUACAGGUAGUCAAUGGACCUGUAGAGCCGCGUCCAAUAGCUCACCUUUUUAACAUAACACUGAAAGAAAAGCCUCUCGAGGUCUCCACUCUCAAUGGGAUUAAAAUAACAGUUUGGGAGUUGCAAAAAAAAAAGAAGAAGAAAAAAAAGAAAUCAAGGCUGGCAGCAAAGUGUGUGGCAGGGUGGUAUUUGUAUUGACAUGCUGUUGUCACAUCAAAACUACUGCACUGACUUAAACACACCGACUAAAGUUUUGCCAAAAGCACAUCUGUGUAUUUUGCGAUUUUAUCAAAAAAACAAUACAAAUAAACUAGUUAAAUUCAACUAGAAAUCACCGUCCCAGGUGCAGGCAGGUCCCCAUGCAUGACUAUACCCUCCCCUCCUCUCGACACCAAAACAACACACACACACGCACACCUCGCUGAACAGUAGAAAUAAUAAGCAUGUGUAGCGUCUUGCUGCUUUAGUUUUUACCUGUGCGCUGUCCAUUGGUGUUGUGCGAGCAGAUGGGGGGGAAUCAAACGGCUGUUGAUAUGCUAAUGAGGCCCUGUGCCAGUGUUAUUACAGAGCUGCUCCAGCCCUCCACUUCCACCAUUAGAGGGAGACCUCAGAGCGCAAGACAGACAGCAGCCCACAGCUUCAAUAAAAGUAGUUUUUUCUGAGCGGGGAGCACAAUUCACUGAGUGAAAACAAGACCAAGGCGAUACCUAUACCCAAUAUCCACCCCAACAACCCAUGAAAAUGCUUUGGAAAUUAACUGAUAACAUUAAAUAUGAAGACUGCGAGGAUCGUCACGACGGUACCAGCAAUGGGACAGCCAGGCUACCUCAGCUGGGCGGCGUGGGCCAGAGUCCCUACACGAGCGCCCCUCCGCUCUCCCACACACCGAACUCGGACUUCCAGCCCCCGUACUUCCCCCCACCUUACCAGCCCAUCUACCCGCAGUCUCAGGACCCUUACUCGCACGUCAACGACCCGUAUUCUCUCAACUCCCUGCACGCUCAGCCGCAGCCGCAGCACCCGGGCUGGCCGGGCCAGAGGCAGGGUCAGGACAGCGGCCUGCUGCACCAGCACCGCAGCCUGCCCCACCAGUUGUGCCGGGAGUAUCGCAGGGAAGUGCUCCUACCGUCCGGCCACGGCAUCGAUACGGGACUGUCGGACUCUAUCCCUAUCCAUGGAAUACCUCACUCUUUAGAAGACGUUCAGUCUGUUGAGGAUCAAGGAAUUCACAUCCCCGACCAGACUGUAAUUAAAAAAGGUCCAGUGUCUUUAUCCAAGAACAACAACAUCUCUGCCAUCCCCGUAAAUAAGGACGGUCUUUUCGGAGGGGUGGUUAACCCCAACGAGGUGUUCUGCUCAGUUCCGGGUCGCCUGUCUCUCCUCAGCUCCACAUCAAAGUACAAGGUCACGGUGGCUGAGGUGCAGAGACGCCUCUCGCCGCCCGAGUGCCUCAACGCCUCUCUGCUGGGCGGAGUGCUGAGGAGGGCCAAGUCCAAGAACGGAGGAAGAUCCUUAAGGGAGAAGCUGGAUAAAAUCGGCUUGAAUCUACCUGCAGGCAGACGCAAGGCA